AUGUACUUCCCGAGACCUUACCAGGAUUUGCCACCAACAAGACAGUUGGAGGUUACUAUCGAUCUAGAACAUGGAUCAGCACCAGUGUCGAUGGUACCCUACAGAAUGGCACCUAAGGAGCUACAAGAGCUGAAAAUUCAGCUACAAGAACUGCUCGAGUUAGAUUUUAUCAGACCUAGUAAUGAGCAAGAGCACCAACAACAUGUGAGAGUAGUGUUGGAAACGCUUAGAGCUGAGAAGCUUUUCGCCAAAUUCACCAAGGGUGAAUUUUGGUUGAACGAAGUAACGUUCCUAGGACAUAUUGCUUCAUCCAAAAGGAUUAAGGUUGACCCCGCCAAGUCACCGCCGUAUCCAAUAUCACAGAAACGUAUAGUACCUGCCCAUAUUGAGCAACCUGACUGUGCAAUUGAUGGAAUUCCUAAAAUUGAGCCCAAUAGUGAUCUGCAACAUGUUGUGGAGGUAACUCCAGAGCAAAUUGAGAGAAUGAGAGAAACUUGCCGGAUUGCAAGAGAAGUUUUGGAUGCUGCUGCUCGGAUUGUAAGACCUGGAAUUACUACUGAUGAAAUUGAUGCUGUUGUUCAUGAAGCAACUAUUGCUGCUGGAGGAUAUCCAUCUCCUUUAAAUUAUCAUUUCUUUCCAAAGUCUUGCUGCACGUCAGUAAAUGAAGUUAUCUGCCAUGGGAUUCCUGAUGCAAGGUAUGUUGUGAACUCAAGCAAGAAAUAUAUGUACAAUAGCUGCUAAUGUGUAGCACAUACUUUUGUAUAGCCAUUGAAAU